AUGGUACCUGAUAACACUUGGCUGUCUGUGCAGAUGGGUACAAAGGCUGUGCUCUGUUGCCCUCGUAUUCCACCAACAUCAGGGUUGAUACUAACAACAUGGAAAAUACACCUCAGAGACAAGCCUUCGUGCAGCAUGUCCCUCAACAGAGAAACAAAUCAGUCUGGGAAAAACAACUGUACUGAUGGGAGAAUCUCCUGGGCCUCCAGACCUGACCAGAAUCUUGAACUUCAGAUCCAUCCAGUGUCCAUCUCACAUGAAGGGGAUUACAGGUGUGAAAUGGGAGCAACUGAUGGAAAUUUUGAACAUACGUAUCACCUCCAAGUGUUAGUGUCCCCUGAAGUGACCCUGUCUCUGGAGAAGAAUAGAACUGUGGAGUGCAAAGCAAUUGCAGGCAGGCCAGCUGCCCAGAUUUUUUGGGCCCCAGAGGGGGAUUGUGUCACUGGGAAAGAAUACCAGGACAAUGGCACAGUGACGACCAGGAGUAGGUGCCAUUAUCCAGAUUGCAACGUGUCCACCGUGACCUGCUUGGUCUCCCACCCGACUGGCAACAGGAGUCAAUCCAUAGAUCUGCUUCCUGAUUCAAGUAGUUCAUGCUUGGAUGGACAGCAGAUGGCAUUACCCCUUAUGGAAGUAUUUCUGGAGUAA